UAACGAACUCUCUUUCAGUAUAAAUAUAGCACAGCUCUCGUUCUUCACUUUUCUUCAUCAGUUUUCCCAUUCCGUUUUCUCUCUGCAAAGAGGAAAAAAAUGAAAUUUUCAAAUAUGAAAAAUGCUGUGAAAGCUUACUUCGAAAGGAACUGGAACAGAGAAGACAUGGUGAAUCCUGAUGAAAUUCCCAUGCACGCUCACGAAAGCUUGAAGAAGGUGUAUCUUACUCUCUUCUGUGCCAUGUUGACUGCUACUUUUGGAUCCUUCUUGCACUUGAUCUGGGAAGCGGGAGGUCUUUUCACAGUCCUUUCUUCUGUAGCAAGUUUACUCUGUCUUUACUUAACAUCACCAUGGAGCGUGAAGACGAGGGUCUUAAUGCUGAUGAUUUCUACCUUUUCCUUCGGUGCUUCUGUUGGCAUUUUUACCAAAUAUUUCUUUGAAAUAGAUCAAGACUUUGUUGUCAGUCUUUUGGCAGGUGCAGCAAUUGGCUUUGGAACUUUCUGGUUUGGAGCCUUGUUAUCAAGGAUAAGGAUCAUCCUCUACAUUGGUUGCCUGCUUCAUUCGUAUGUUUUCAUGUUCUCAUGGUUUGUCAUUGCUUCUGAUAUGAUCUUUAUCGGCCACGCAGCUCAAUGGACUCUAAAGGUAUUUGCUGUGCUGUCAUUGUUCAUGGGGUACUUUGUGAUAUAUAGCCAAGAGAUACUGUUUAAUGCCCUCUCUGAAGAUGUUAACUUUGUCAACUGCACAUUCACCGUCUUCUUCAAUUUACCCGCUAUAGUGGUCCAUGUUGCCCGAUUAGAGCUGAUUGAAGUAACUGAGCACUACAGACAGAGUUAAAGCUGACACGGUAAAAGUUACAAUCUCGAGUUGGUACUAUAGAAUAAGUAGAGAUUGGAAUGCGCUGGGGAAACUGUAAAUGAUCAAGCAUAUAGUUCGUUAUAACUACAUUUUACUGAUUGAAUUUGGAAUUCUUUAGUCUGAAGCCAAGUUCUGUGAAUAUUUCUUGGCAAAUACUGAUUGUUGAUUGAUUACCUUAUCCCAUACUUGAGAAAAUUUUGAAUAGAAUAUACGUAAUUGUUCUUU